AUGGAUUCCACUGCGAGAAGAGACAACAUACAGGAUGCUGUGCCAACCGCGAAGUUCUUGCAAGCUCGCAUAACUGCGCUCUCGACCACUUUGAUCAAAAGACUGGAGAACAUCUUCGCUGUCGCCCUUGAUGAAACAGCCGCAGAGACCACAACAUCCGCCUCGACGAGAGAUCAGCCUCCUCCAUCUCUCAUAGACACUGCCGUGCAACAGUUCCAACUCGACGUUGAGUCCGCAGCUGUCAUCCGAGCGGCGGAGGAGAUCCUAGUGCUGACGCGAACAAUGAAGGAGAUAUGGCUGUUUGGCGGACUAGACACCCUGGAGAGAGAUCAUGAGGAUGACAAGAAUCCACGAGAUGAGGCUGCGAGGCAGAAAUUAGAGGAGGACGUCAGAGUUGUCGAAGAAGGAUUUAAGAAAUUCCUGGAGAAAUACGAGACGACGCUAGAACUGGAUGGUCCGGAAACAGAGACAGCAGGACACGGCGGUUGA